AUGAUUGUAGCUGCUUCUUUGCAACUGAUUGGGCUGGCUCAGCUUCCUGUGGUGGAAGGAUCUUGGUGCCAGGCUUCAUCCUUUGGCAGCUGCCUUGGGCAGCGCCACGAUUUUGAGAAAAAGGAUUUGCCCCGCUUGCAUGGGGGUCGCUACCGGAACCUGCGUUUUGCGGACUGGGAUGGUGAUGGUGACACCGAUGUGUUGGCAGGGCAUGGCCCAGGCGAGUCAAUCUGGUUUCAUGAGCGGCUGUCAAACGACAGCUUCCGUUCGCAUGAGCUGGGCAAGAUUCCCAAGAGAUGGCAUGCAGAAGAAAGUGCAACUGUAGCUGAAGGUGAUGAUUGGCUGGCACAACAGCAGUUGGCGGUUGAUGAGUUUAUGAAGAACACCUUUCGUGUGGAAGUGGCGGAUUGGGACGGCAAUAAGGAGCCUGAUUGUUGGGGUGUGUGGGAACUCGACUUGCUGCUGUGCACCAUGGUGGACGAUCUAGUGAUCGUGAGCGUGCUCAAUCGCUCGAGCCUUCCGCAUGAAAACCUCACGGAAGUUGAGCGCGUGAUUCUGUUGACUCAUGGGUCAGCAUGUGACAUGCUGGCCGUGGAUUUUGAUGAUGAUGGUGAUGUGGAUCUCAUUCUUGGUCAUCAUGCGUAUCAACCGAGAUAUUCCAGAUACUUUGAGCGCAUCUCUUCCGGGCAAUUAGUUGAGCGCACGGGAGAUCAGAAUCCACUUGACAUGUUCAACGACACGAUACGAACCAUCGCCGAUCUUGACGGUGAUGGACAGUUGGAAGUGAUGACCACCGGUUGGGUGGACAAAGGCUAUGCCAUUCAAGUGAUUCAUUUCGGCUACUUUCAUCGUACAAGUGACGGUAGCUUUGUGGAAUCAGCUGAGAACCCAUUGUUUGACCUCAACCUUUGGGAUCCAGAUGAAUAUGCCACAGAAGCUCAUGUGGCAGAUUGGAAUUCAGAUGGUUUGCCAGACCUUUUGACCAUACAUGUGGGCCGCUACCUUCCGCAACGAUCUUACGGUUUGGCGGACUGCUAUGAACAUGUUCAAGACCGCGACCUUGUGCAGAAUUCGCAGAUCGACACCUAUAGAGACAUUAAACUGGCAUCCUUUGGAAAAUCCAUGCAUCCUGUGGUGGUUGACUGGAAUCACGAUGGUUUUGAAGAUGUGGUGGUCGUGGACUAUGUGCUGGGCUGGGGGGAGGGGGAGAUCGUGUCGAAACAGCCGAAACUCUUUGAGUUCCAUGGUGACAGUGUGCACGAAGUAAGCGGCUUUCUCGGUGAAGAGAUGGUGAGCCUAGCCAUUGCAGACUGGGACACCGACGGCGAUUUAGAUCUCAUCAUAUCCUCGACAGAUGGCAAGCUGCACUAUCAUGAGAUGGUCUUGGGAGGUUGGCAGAAAGAAGAUCCAGACCAUCCCUUCAAGAGCAUCGUGCUGGGCCAAGAGGAAGGAGGUCAGAAGAAGUUGGUUCAGCCUUUGGUGCUUGAUUGGGACAAUGAUGGUGACAUGGAUUUGUUCUUGGGUCCGCCGGAUGGUAGAUAUUUUGAGCAGCUGGCAGAUGGUACUCUUCAUGCAUGGCCGCUAGAGCAAAGCCCUGUUCGGAAAGUGCUCAGUCUUCCGAGAUUUGAGGACCGGGUGUGGAGAUUUGUGGACUGCGAUGCCGAUGGUGAUUUUGAUUUGAUCCGAGUGCUGUUGGACGACUAUGUUCCUGUCAAAGCAUGUGAGCAUGACAGCGCACAUGAGCUGCAAUGCGAUUGUUCUGGCUGCGAGCCGCAGUUCUACAGUGUUCCAACGGUGAUUGGGCAGAUGCAUGACUGCAAAGCAUGCCCAGGAGAAGGUGACAAGGUUUGUUCUGGUCGAGGAAGCUGCUUUGAUGAUGAAACUGCGAAGGCAGCUCCUUUGGAGUCCACAGCUGCUUCAAUGGCCAAAGGAAACGGAUCCUGCAGUUGCAACGAGGCCCACUUCUUUGGAAGUGAUGAUGAAGGCCGAAGCACCUGCGUGGAGGGCGUGUGCCCAGCUGGCACCGAAGAGCAGGAUGGACAUUGUCGCGCUUGUGCAGCAGGGUCCUUCUCCCCAGCAGGAGGGCUUUGCAAGCUUUGCUUUCCAGGGACCUUCUCGUUGCCUGGAAGCGGUUCGGUGUCCGGUGCAGCUCAAGGUGCUUGCAGCCUUUGUGAGGUCUAUGGCGCUGUCCCCUUCUUUGGUGGUGCAUACUUUUUCUCGCAGCAGCUGCAGGCACUGCCACCCAGCUUACGCGAGAGUUCGGAGUCCGACCAUGGCCCCUUCCUCAUCACGCAUGUUUGUGAAAUGAUCACAAAUUGGAGCAAACGCACGCCUUUGGCGACCCGGCGGCGGCACUUUCUCAAGGAGUGGCCCUUGGUGUUGGAGCGCUGUAGCCGUGGUGAGGAGCGUGCGAUGACCGCAGGGACGCUGCUAGACUUUGUGCAGUGGCGUGGAGGAGCAGCGAGGAAGUCGUUUUGA